GGGCGUGUAGCGCAGUUGGUAGCGCGUCUGCUUAGCGUGCAGAAGGUCUUGGGUUCAAUUCCCAACUCGUCCAUAUAUUUUUUUGUUGUUUCUUGUUAUUAGUGUUUCAUCACGUGUAUCUGCAUAUUUUUUCCUUUCUUUGAAUUCUGUAUCAGCUCAGUGUAAUUGAUAACAAAUAGAUCACUACUCAACUGUAGUAGUUAAUUAUUACAAAUUACAAUAGAUAAAUACUAAAAUGGAAAAAUAUUCAAAUUGGAGGGAUAAAGGAACUGGGAUUGCUCCUUUCAUACCAAUUAUCAAUUCAAAUGAGUUAUUUUAUUACGAAAACAACCAGGCGUAUUACUAUUUAAUCAAAUUAUUUCAAUUUAUCAAUUUUUCAAUCAAAUUUCCACUUUUCAUUUUAUUAAAUUUAACUUAUUUAAUAAUAGUUUUUCCGCUAUCGAUUGUGUUAAAUAUAAACAAUUAUUCGCAAUACUAUAUAUUAAAUUUCAAUUUCAACUUUCUCUUUUCUUCGAAUUUUUGUUUUUUCUUUUCAACUAAUUUCCAAAACUUAAUUGCUAUAAGAAUUAAUGAUUACAAUAAGAAGACAAUUUACUUGAAUGGUAGUUCAAUCUUGAAUCAGAAUCUACCUGCCAAGAAUAAGAAAUAUUUAGUUAAUUUAACCAAUCCAUUGGAUUUCAUUAUAUUAUUUUUAAUAACCAAAAUUAAGGAUAAUCAAAAAAUAAUUUAUCUCUUUAAUGUUAAUGAUAAGCCGGAUGGUGAGGGCUAUUUGGUUGAAUUAUCGUUAUUUGAAUCUAUUUUAUACUCAAUUGCCAAUCCGUUGUCGUAUAAGAUUAAGAAUAAGGAUAUGAUUAGAUUUAAUGAUUUGAGUAACAAAUUUAAAGAUAAGGUGAUCUUUAUCUUUCCAGAGGGUACCACAAGUAAUGGCAAAUCGAUUUUAUCCUUUAAUAAUUUAUUCAAUAAUGCUGAUGAGAAUCAAUUGGAAAAGUUGAAUAUAAUUUCUGUUAAAAUCAUACCAAAUUAUCUAACUACUCCAAUCCCAGUUGAUAAAUUUUUUUAUUUGUAUUCUUUAUUAUCUAAUCUAUCGUCGAUUAAAUUUAAUAUUAAGAUUCUUAAUGUUAAUCAUUACAUUGAUGCUUCUGAUAGUUCUGGUAAACGUAAUUUGGAAGAAGAAGUUAGAAAAUUGUUUUGCAAUGAUGGCAAAAUCAGGUUUGUUAGUAAUGAGUUGAAUUUAAACAGUAAAAAAAAGUUUUUAGUGAAAUAUUUUAAUAAAAGAAGGUAAAUUAUUAAUCUUUUCUUUUUUUUUUUCGUUUUCGUUUUCCUUAUCGUUAUCUUUAUUGAGAUAAUUUUUAGUAGUAUUUAAGAAAUGAUUUUCACUUUUCUUUUUAAAUAAAAUUGGAUUGAAAUUUUCAAUAAACUCUAAAUCGAUAUCGCCUUUAUCGCCGGAAAAUUUAGCAUAUUCAUUGAAUAUGCCACUUAAAGACCAGUUUUGCAAUAGUUUUCUUAAUAUGCCAACCAAGACCCCAAUUCGAUGUUUGCCCUUAUUUGAGUGAAUCAAGAUCGGAUAAUUUUGAGGAUUCAAUAUUAGGUUGAUGGUUUUGAUUAUAAUUUUGGAAUCGUUCAUUAAAAAAGGUUCCUUGCAUGAUUUGAAUUUAAAAUAGUAGAAAUUCAAU